UUCAUAUUUUUUUAAUAAUAUCUCUUUAAGGCAAUAAUGUCACUUAAAGAAGUUAAUUUACAUAAGAGAUUAUGCUAAGAUCUUACUGAGGAGAGGCAAUUAAGAUAGGUGGGCUAAGAAGAAGGCCUAGUAAACCAUGCAAAAGGCAUUAUGGUCAAAUAGAAGUAUAUGACAUAAGUAUGGUAUCAAUUAGUAGGCCUAAAGCAUUCAGCCAACAGAUUACAGUAAGAGAAGCAUUAUAGAACUAUAGUCCCAGAUACAUAUCACUGGUCUUUUGAUUACACUGACUGCUUAUUGGUUGGGAAUGGAACAGGAAAUGUUGAACUAUUUUUUUUUCAACCAAUCAGGUAAUUCUUAGAAUUGAAACCAACCUAUAUUUCUCUUUACAUUAGUCAUUUCACUUGGGGACUGUAGACCAACUGUUGUUACAACACAUCAAGAUGAUCAGAAUCAACCUUGUUUGGAUGUUAGUCAGUCAAAUCUUCCUGAUUCACUCUGAAGAAGUUCCUCUGCAAAUUCCACUGACCACAGCUCAGCUCGGAGAGUCUGUAUCUCUUCCAUGUUUCUUCUCAGAGACAAUUGAUUAUUUCCAAUGGCUGUACUGGUACAAGCAAACUGCUGGUCAAAUGCCCCAAGUUGUGGCAACUGUAGAAAAGAGAAAAUCAGCUGAUUUUGUUCUUAAUGGAGAGUUUAAUGACAUACGUUUCACAAUGGAGAAAGUAAAAGUUGGAUAUCUUCUCAUCAUCAACAAUAUCAGCAGAUCAGAUGAGGCAGCAUACUUCUGUGGAAUAGGAUCAGUGUAUGAGAUGAAGUUUAGAAAUGGAACAUUUUUGGCUGUAAAAGGUAACUUGAUUUCAACUGUAGAGCAACAGCCAGUGUCUGACCCAGUCCAUCCAGAAGACUCUGUGACUCUACAGUGUACAGUACUCUCUGAGACCUGUACAGGAGAACACAGUGUGUACUGGUUCAGAGCCGGAUCAGGAGAAUCCAAUCCAGGAGUCAUUUACACCCCUGGGAACAGGAGUGAUGAGUGUAAGAAGAGCCCUGAGACUCCCUCUCCUACACAGAGCUGUGUCUACAGCCUCUCCAAGAACAACCUCAGUCUCUCUGAUGCUGGGACUUACUACUGUGCUGUUGCCACAUGUGGGGAGAUCCUGUUUGGCAAUGGAACUAACCUAAAUAUUGGAAGAUCUCUGGAUCAUGUUGUCAUUGGACUGGGAGUGACAUCAGUUUUCUGUGUGAUUGUAAUCAUUAUCCUCGUCUUCACCAGAAAUACAAAGCCAAUUUGUGAACAUUAUCAAGUGAGUGUUGCACAGCAUAUUGGACUUGACAACACAACCACCAAAUGUGAUCAGGAUCAAGAUGGAGUUACGUUGAACUAUGCUGCAUUGAAUUUCUCUGAGAGGAAAACCAAAAGAGGAAGAAAGAAGAGAGAGACACCACAGGAGAGUGUGUACUCUGAUGUCAGGUGUUCAGACUGGGACUGAACAUUGUUUAUGUGCAUAGGAAUGGAUGUAGUUUGGUCAAGAAACUCUUGUUAAGAUGUAUAUAAUGUAUUCAGACAGUCAUGACAUUUGAUACACUAUAAUGUAUCAUAGAAUAAGCUUGUUCUUCUAGGAGUGUUCUCUAUCAGAGCACCACUGUUAUGGAAUGGCUUGUCCUGUGAGGUAGAGGGCCAGAAACCAUUGAGGUCUUUAAAUCAUGCCGAAAAAUCUACCUUUUUUGCUUUGUCUUUAAUCUUAAUCUGUGAUUGUAUUGUUAUUUUAGACUUCCUUAUUGAUUCUAUAUUCUUCUCUUGUAUCAUAUCUCUUGCAUCUCAGCCUUUUGUUUAGACAUACUGUUUAACUGUGAGCCAACUCAGUGGCCUUGUGCUUGUUGUCCACCGUGAGAUUAGAAGGUUGAGGGUUUGAUCCCCGGUCGAGUCAUACCAAUUACUCUAAAAAUGGGAACGAAUGCCUCUCUGCUUGGCACUCAGUAUAAAGGAGAUGGAUUGGGUUAAGUGUCCUGUCCAGGAGGUGUACUUGUACAUCAAGCUGCCUUCCGCUAUUGAAUAUUGAACCUAUGAGCAGUUCUCGAACAAGGAUUUCUUACUUAACUAUUUUUCUACAGUAAAGUUUGUUGCAAUUUAACUGUAUUUCAAAUACAAUUAGAGUUGAUCAGCCCCCAUUUGAAGUCAUUUUUCUCUAUUUGAAAUAAUGUAUAAUUGUAUUAUGGUUCUAUUUGGAUUGUUUUAAUCCUUUUUCCCAAAUGUAUAAUUGUUGUGAUAUUUACUGUAACCCAUGAAACAAACAAUAAGAUAGCAUACCUUCUUAAACAUUGUAUAUAAUGUAGGUUAAUUACAUUUUACUGUAUUUCUUGAGUUCCAACAGCAUGUUUAUGUCACGUUGGAAUGAAGAGAUUCAGGCGCAGGAAUCAGAGGUGUGGACUCGAGUCACAUGACUUGGACCCGAGUCAGACUCGAGUCACAAAUAUGAUGAUUUGCAACUCGACUUUGACUUUAACACCAAUGAUUCAUGACUUAACUUGGACUUGAGCCCUUUGACUUGAACUGACUUGAUACCCUCCCCAAGCCCAAAUAUAAAAAAUGAUGCUAUUAAAAAAAGUGUGCAGCGCAUCAACUCUUUAUUUAGCGGAUUACAGUUUGAAUCGGACAGCAGCCAAUCAAAUUGUGCCAGCUGAAAAAUAUUUGCGCGUGGCAAUGCAGAGGAAUGUCAGUGGGUGAAUUCAGUCGGAGCCCUUAGAAAGAUGAUACCCCAAAUUAUUAUUUUCGAAUAUGAAGACUAUACUAUAGUCAACAAAAAACAGAUUGCAACUAGCAAAACAUGUGGGAAGAAAAUUAGACGGAGACGCAACAUCUUCCAACUUGGUUUGACAUUUGAAGCUGCAUAAAGAACGGUAAGUCGUGGCUAAUAUAGCCGACAGCUAUAUAUAACUUUGCUUGUAUAGCAUGUAGGCUAAGUAACAUUAAGUCAAUGAGCCUCCACACAGUCAGUCAGUCCGGGAACGUGAUCAUUGCACCCAAGAUUGAGCUACAACUGGCUAGGCAGUUUGUAGCUUAAAUCCUGCCUGAUGUUACUGCUGAUGCUACUGCGAAAGUCAAUCGUUAUGGUGCGGUCUUUCUCAUGGCUACCCAUGUGUUUCCAUGGAAAUAUGUUUAUUUGGAAAGUAAUAAAUAUAUUUUUUAAAGCAUUCAUGAUUUGCGUAAAUGUAGUAUACUAUU